AUGAAGAAUGGUCUUAACCGAGAUGAAUUUAACUCUUACAUCAAUGUUGGUAAGACUUUUUGUGUGAUAUAAAACAUAGGUCGUUUGAAACAGUUUUUCCUUAUUAUUGUAGCGGUUGACGGCAGCUGUUACAAAGAGUCUGAUUAAUGCUUUCAAUUGCCAGGAAAAUGCACAAUUUUUGUCGUUUCCUGUGCUUAGUUAAUUUUUGGCGGUAUAUUGCGCAAUGAUUUAUUACAGCUUUAGAGAAGUUGUCGCUUUUUUAGAAUCUUGUUUAAGAAGGAUAUAUAGAAUCUAUAUAUAUAUAUAUAUAUAGACGUAUUCUUGCGCAAUGGAAAAUUAUUAUUAAAGCGAAGAGAUUCCAAAACAAUUGAUUUGAGAAAGACACCAAAAUGGACACCAAAAAGAAAUGGAAAAAAAAUGCCAGUGGAUAACAAGGAUUAAAAGGGAUUACAGAUGAACAAUUUGAAAAUCUGGCUCAUUUGUGCGGAGGUUUAAAACGCCAAUGUUGAUCUGCAGAUCAUGUUAUCGGAGAGAGUUUUUGAAAUACACUUCAAGCUUUUAACACCACACUUCAUUCGGCCCACGCACUCUUCUCAAAGUUUCACAAAAAUGAUUUUGAAUUGAGAAGUAAAUACAAUGAAGUUUUCUUUGAGCCAUUUGGGUGUAGCCCUAAUUACUUUUCGUAGACUCGAUGUCUCCUGAUUAAGUUACAUAACAGCAGGUAUACUGCUGAGUGAACAUAUUCGACACCCACUGGAAGUAGGAGCUCCGGAAAGUUUAAGUAUACCAACAGAAAAAAUUCUUAAUAAAGAAAAAGAAAACAAAACAAACAAAACAAGUAAAAAAUUUGAGUAAAACAAAACAUAAAUAAGAAAGAGGGUGUCGAUCUUAGGAGAACUUAACCAUGCUUAAAGCAAAGAGUCCCACCAAGUUUUCUACAGUUCUGACUUCUUCAUUUAGUUUCCUUUCAAAAAAUAUCCAGAAUUUUAAGCCUCCCAGAAAAACUAUCACGUCGUCAACCCUUUUCGCUGGCUAAAAUUUCGCAUUUUGUUAGCCUAAAAUGCAUUUUGGCCUUUUUACUCGCGUGAUCGUUUAUAGGCUGUUUUGCUGUCUCAGCACUUUGCUGUUGGACAUAAAUAUGCUUUGGGCACUGAGUCGAGCUCUAAACUUACUUAUGCACGCUAACAUAGACUAUAUUGUUUUAUUACAGUCAAAUUUGUAACUUAUCCUCUUAAAGAAACAAAAGUUUAAUUACUCUGGCUUAACGGUUUGCGUGCGGGACUAUAAGUUUGUAAGUACUCCUAGCGUUUCCUGCUGCGGAACCAAGUACUAACGCUGCUCUGACACCUAAAUUUCGCUCGAAUUCUGCUCUGCAUACCGAAAACGGAACCUAGCUUUGAGUCUCGUGAUUUGCACAAACUUACAAACAGACACACAAGGGACAAAGACAAACCUUUAUAGCAAUAUUUACGUAUUCAUCAUCAUAUUCAAAUGUUGAUUCUUCUUACUUUGGAAAAGAUCUCUUAUGAAAUAUUCAAGAUAGAAUACGUGCUCUCAUUAAUUUGGUCCAAGGGUGUAUUGAUAUAAGAGUAUGUAAACACCGUUGUCACGUCACACUUUCUAUUCUCUCUUAUCAAAAAUAUUUUAUAAAAUUAAAGCAAUGGCAGAUUAAAAAAAUUCAGGUUUGGGAAAGUCAUGCAAACCCAUGAAAGUUACAUAACUCCUCGAAUUUUCCCAACCCUCCUAGAGUUUAGAUGAGGCUAUGCAAAAGUCCUCUGUUGCGCGAAUAUCAAUCGAGAUAUCGUUUGAUGUAAAGGAAUUAUGCAAGCACAUCUUAGCUAAUGGUCAUAUCGGUUUCAACUCGUCUCCCAUUUGCUUUGUACUUGGGUUUAAAAUUUUUCAUCCAACUACAGAACAAAAAUCACUGAUGUAAAGAAAUUUUCAGUUUUACUUUACUGUUCACUAAUAGAUGCCGCAAAAAUACCUCACAUAGCUAACAGAACGCUCAUGUCGAAAAAUUGCGACUUUUUAUAUUGGAAAUUCUGUAGGCGUAAAUUAACGUGGGCUCCGUUAUUAAUUCAUUGCGAUUCUAACACCACAUAUUUUUAAUUAAACGCCCACCUUGAAUGAGCAUCCACUUCCCAACUGACUUUAGAAACAAUGAAAUUCUAUUAUUAACUGAGUAAAAGCCAUUAAGAUAUCUCACCUAAUACCGAAAUUUCUUAUAAAUUUAAAUAAACUUCUAAAGGAAUGGUUAAAUUCUAUUUUGCGACAUUCUCACGUUUUGUUAGUACUUCUGGUUUAGUUGCAAAAUAAACUCACUAUUUCUUGAAAAUGGCGUAAAUUUAGUCAGCGCACAGCCUCAAAUAUAAGCACCCACCACGACAAAGCGCCCACUUUCAAGAUCUAAAAUUUUAAAAAGCCCGCAGGGCUUGAUUGAAUAAAUGCGGUAUAUCGUUAAACAUCAUUUCAAAUUCGAGAGCAAGAAACAGUCAGCUUUUGUAACAAACAGCUGUUAUGUCGGAUAAAAAAAACCUUUUUUUUUUAUCUUUUUCUAUGUAGAUUCUUUUGUGCGUUGUCAAAUUUAGUCCCGGCGGAAAAGGAAUGUUUAUAUCCGAGACAGACUUCAAGACGGAGAAUGAAGGUUGGUAUGUCCCCUCAAUAUCAUUCAGGUUGUUUCUGUCUAUUUUUUUAGUUAGACCUCAUAGGUGGUAAGAUAUGAUAUUUAUAUUUAAGGUAAUUAGUUCAAGUGGUGGGCCGGUAGUUGGCAGACCACAGGGAAGACAAUAUUGAACUCCAGGAAUCGUUCUAUCAGCGCUCUCUUUAUCAAAAUUUUGAAAAGUGAAGUAUAAUUUCGUAUAUAGCCACCGUUUCAAAUUGAAGCAAUUGGCUACUUUUUUGUGAUUUUCUUGGGUUUCGUUGCUAUUAUAAAGCAAGAACUUUCUUCGAAGAAUUAAACCAGAUCGUAAAUUAUAAAGGUCUCAUACCGAGUGGCAACCAUUGAUAUCGAAAGAUUCAUCAGAAAUAGGAAACCUAAGUUGAGUGCUCCCUAAAUUAGAAUAUAGUGGUUUGUUCUGUGGAAAACAUCAGAUGGGGGAUGUAAUAUAAGCAUCCCCUAUUCCUUUUCUUUUUCUUCCUUAUCGAUUACGGAAUCCGUUUAUCGUUCCUCCAGUCCGUUCGAACCUAUUUAGGUCUGUCUGUUUGUGUGGCCCGCAAGUCUUUCUCUCUUCCUUACUCUUUGCCGCAGGAUCAGAGUUAAAAUGACUUAAUUUAGGAUUCGUUUUGAGUGUAUUUUAAAGCCGACCAAUGUACUUUUUUGAAAGUUUCCAUUAUUUGACAGAGCGAGCACCGAGGAAGACUAGGGCAGAGCCUGAAUCCGAACCGGAAAGCGAACCUGAAGCGGAAGGAGAAUCCAAAGCAGAAGGAGAACCCAGUAGUGAAAAUCACUCAUACACGGAGCCUACCUCAGAAUAUCCAGAAGGAGAAACUGAACCGUCGCCAACGCCGGAAAAUUGGCCAGAACCAGGCCCCCGUUGGGAACAAGCAUACGAGACGUGGAGAUGGGCCUGGGAGCUACAUGUUUACCUUUACGCGACGAUAUACCUUUUGAUUGGCUUGUACGCCGGAUAUUACGUCAUAGCUAACGUUUAUGACGGUCUGCAAGGAAAAUACCUGAGCGUGAGCCUCAAUAUCAUGGUGUCGAUGUUUGGGUUCACAAGGGCCCUUGUCAUGUUUUUGGACCCAUAUCAUCAAGGGGGUAUAAUUCACAACACUGCAGUGAUGCGCGUGAUUUGGUCCCUCGCAGGCCCUUGUCUCACGGCCUCCGACAGUUUGAUGAUUCUUGCCCUGAUAGAGACGGCAAAAAUCUCCGUUGCACCUCCUAAGCUUCAGAAAGCAAGCACAAACAUUAUUAUCAUAAGCUUUCAUUUUGCACUUGUAAUAACUACAGACUGUGUAGUUGCCGACUAUGUGGAAGCGAAAGUUAUGUUGUUAUUUUGUCAGUUGUUUUUUGUUACGUGGGGUUUUGUGCUUGGAACUAUAAACUUUAUCCUUGGAUACAAACUGGAUAAACAACUUUUCAGUCACAAAAAACCAAAAGAAACAGCGGACAAAAUAUACAUUUAUCUUAUUUACGCCUCCGGCCUAGCAAACUACUUUUUAUGCGCAAUCAUUGUUUAUUCAGCGUGCGGAGUAUUUGGUGUUUAUUCAGAUGUUCAAUUUGUAGAUGCAUGGCCUUGGUGGGCCUUGCAAACGAUGUCUCGCUUCAGCGAGAUCCUCGCGUGUGUCUUGAUAUUCACAGUUAGUGCUAAAAGGACCCGAGUGAAAAAGGCAGUCGCUCAGUUAACGGAUGAAAAAAGCUUAGACACAAUCAUCCCGGGAGGAAUCGGUUCUACGCAAUCUUUAUCGUGGUCUUCAAGAUUCAGAAAUUGCUUCAAGCGUAAAAGAGUCGCCGCUGACAGAAACAGUGGGAGUGCAAUAAGCCUAUUCACAGCUCUCCGUGAAAUGGCUCUGGCUGCGACCGGUGAGAACUGGUACGGGACAAAUCUGGAUCCCCCAAUGAAAGAUAAUGGGGAAUGUUGGGUAGAAACAAAAACGACUUCGUCUGUAAUUCAUCUGCCUGGGAAAACGAAAAUACAUCCACAUGUAAACACAACUGACGACUUAGGGAGCGAUGGCGAAGAAGUGGAAAAGGAGUACUUAGAACUUGAGUUAAGACGCGUACAAUCAAGAAGAGCGAGCAUGUUUACAGCUCUUCACGACGCUAAAAAGACGCGUAACACGGCCUUUCCACCCGGAAAAAUGACUCGGCUAAAGCCAUUAUUCCAAACUGAUAAUUCUGGAGAAACUAGCAUCAAGGAGAUUGACUCGAAGAGACAAAACUCUGGAAAUACUUGGGGCAAAUGGCCGGAAACAACACUUCCAAAUAUGGCAAACACGGAAGAAAAUUACUGA